CAUGUUUCCACUGACCCUUACAGGCGGCGCUUGACAAGAACCUAGCGACCUACUUGGCGGACGACAGUUUGACUGAUACUCUGUUGGGUCAAUUCUUGGCCCUGGGACCGGGUAAACCGCAAUUUCAAGUAACGGUUCCGAGCGCAAUGAGCACGUUAGUGGAGCACAGGUCCAAUGAGUCCCUCACGGACCUGCUGUGGCAGUGCUACAAUGCGGGAGCUAAAGCGGAUCUCCUUUUUGCGCUAGCCAUGAGCGAGCUGGGAAUGCGGUUCCCUGGACUGGUUUCACUCGACCAGAUCUACGAUGUGGUGUAUUCGGACUCUACGAUCCGUGAGCAGAUUUACGGCGGAUCAUACAAGCAGGUGACUACGUA